GUGGGUGUCUGGAAUUCACAUUAAGAGAAAGAGAUAGAGAAUUAGUUUGACUGAGAGCUCAACUAUUCAAUCGAUUUUCACAAUGAACACUAUGAUUAAAGUUGUUUCUGUUCUCUGUUUUAUUGUCCUCAACUUGUCUAUCCUUGGUGUUAGUGCGGAACAUGGUCUAAGGCAUCAUCAUUACUACAAAAAAUGUCCACUGGCUGAGGCGAUUAUCGCCAAUAUGAUGAAAGAUAUUGUUAGCAAAGACCCGAGGGUUCCUGCUAGGUUGAUAAGGAUGCAUUUCCACGAUUGUUUUGUCAGGGGAUGUGAUGCAUCAGUUCUUUUAAACUCUACGCCAAAUAACAAGGCAGAGAAAGAUGCAGGUCCAAAUCUAAGCCUUAAGGCUUUUGAUGUGAUCGACAAAAUUAAAGGAGUCUUGGAGUAUCACUGCCCCGGAGUUGUUUCGUGUGCUGAUAUCCUCACGUAUGCAACUAGGGAAAGUGUUCAUCUGUCCGGCAAAUUCCCACGAUAUGCUGUUCGAGGAGGGCGAAAAGAUGGUAUCAUUUCUCUAGAAGUGGAUGCUCUCACACAACUUCCACCCCCAUUUGCUGAUGUCAGUCAGCUUAUACAAGGAUUUGCUCAGAAGGGUCUCACAGCUGAAGAAAUGGUUACCCUAUCAGGAGCACACACAAUAGGAGUUUCGCAGUGUUCUUCCAUCUCUGGGCGAUAUGUUAACUUCCAAAAUACUGGAAAACCAGACCCCACGCUUGAUUUCCACUUAGCAGCAACAUUGAGGAAAGAAUGUAAAAGCGAUAACAGUAUUGUUGUGAUGGACAGAUUCACACCAGGAGUUACAGACAACAAAUAUUACCAUGGUUUAUUACAAAACAAAGGGUUAUUCACAUCAGACCAGACACUGUUGACAAAUUUCGUAACUAAAAAGGAAGUCUUGCAAAAUGCCUAUCAACCUUCGGUAUGGGCCGAAAAGUUUAUUCGUGCAAUGAUUAAAAUGGGAGAAAUUGAAGUGUUAACAGGGAAGCAAGGACAAAUCAGAAAGAAAUGUAGUUCCGUGAAUUACAAAAAAUAUUGAGAUUUAAACAUAACACUACAAGAAAAGAAUGUCUCUACAGGUUGCUAAUAAAAAUCGUUUGAACUUUUUAUCCGAGUCUCCGAAAAAAAACUUUAAGUGAAAAGAGAUUGAUUUCUUCAAAGAAAUCAUCAAUAAACAAGUUUGUUUCCAACAUGAGUCUAAGUUAUCAAUAUGUAUAGAAUUUCUUUGUAAGUUAUCAAUAUGUAUAGAAUUGAAUAAAGUUCAUUUUGGAUCAA